AUGGCUAAUCCCUUAACGCUAACGGUCUACGCCGGCGCUAAUUCCGCGCUACGCGGCGUAGCGGCCCAAACGACUUAUCUCGAAAUGCAAAUACAAGUUCGACGGAUCGCGCCGUAUCGUAUCGCAAUUAGUGUGAACGCCCCGCGUCGCCGUCCGUACAAAGCCCGCUUGAUCCGCGUGUCGGCUUUGCGACGGGAAAAUCCGCGGCUCCGCACGGAAGUAGCGAUUCUGGAAGCGAAAUACGGAAUGGUCGCUCUC